CCCGCCCUGCUCCGCGCGGCAUACAAGGAAGUGGCUUCUUCCGGCUGAGAAGCCGGCGUUUGUGUCCGUGUCUUCGACGCCGGCGAUUAGUACACAGAAUGGCAGGAGUACGAGGGCCCGGAGAGAGUCGGGACACCGCUAUGACCGUGGAGCAGGACAUGUUCGAUGCCGUCGUGAUGGCUGAUGAGAGAUUCCAUGGGGAGGGAUAUCAGGAAGGCUAUGAAGAAGGCAGUAGCUUGGGAAUCAUUGAAGGAAGGCAGUAUGGCAUGUUACACGGAGCCAAAAUUGGAUCUGAGAUUGGGUGCUACCGGGGUUUUGCUCUUGCAUGGAAAUGUCUUCUACACGGUGGCGCUGGUGACAAAGACAGCAGGAAGAUGAAAGUGGUGGAGGCGCUGAUUGCACUGCUGCAGCGCUUCCCCUAUGAUGACCCCACUUACGAGAAGCUCCAAGAAGACCUGGACAGAAUCAGAGGGAAAUUCAGGCAGCUGUGCUCACUGCUCAACGUGCAGCCAGACUUCAAGAUGAGCGCAGGAGGCUCUGGACUUACGUUCUGACGACUCACAGAAGAGCACAUGUCUGCGCAUCAAGAGUGAUUAAAGGCGAGCCUGAGAGACACCCAUUGUUCUGUGGGAGGACAAGUUUGGCCUCUUCCCUGAGGCUUUGCCUAGGUAGCUUGCAGAGAGGUCUGACCAUCCUGCCUUCUGCACAGUGGCAGCACACUCAAGAGACUGCUGGCCACUGGCCAGAGUGGGUGGCUUUGUCAUUCCAGAGGUCCUGGGUAGGGUUACCCUAAGGAUAGGACUGAGAGAAGCAGGCUGGUGUGAAGUCAGUUAGUGGGAAGCCAUGGC